CUCCGGCAGCACCACCUGAACCGGGGGGCGAGGGGAGCGGGCCGCCGAGCGGACCCUCCCGGCGGGGCGUGGCCGGCGGCUCCCCCCCGGCCGGGCCGCGGUUGGUUUCUCCUGUCUCGCUGAGAGAAGCAGAGCGGAGGCGAGCCAGCCCCGGAGGGGAAGCGCCUGUUCCCGGACAAGGGGCUGCCUGGAGCAGGCAGCGCCCCAGCGGGAGCUGAUUCCCGCCUCUCCCCGUCUCGCCGCCCGGAGCCGAGGGCGCCCGGAAGGCAAAGUUGUGUGCGGGGCCGGCGCGAUGCCGGGGCGCGGCGCGCUCUGCCUGGGGCUGCUGCUGCACGUCCUGCUGGGCUGCGGCUCGGCGCAGCUGCCCGGCAGCUGCCCGGACCUCUGCAAGUGCUCGGAACCGGCCAAGACGGUGAAGUGCGUGAACAGGAACCUUACGGCGGUGCCGCCCGACCUGCCGCCCUACGUGCGCAACCUCUUCCUCACCGGCAACCGCCUAGCCCGCCUGCCGCCCGGCGCCUUCCCCGCCCAGCGCCUCCCCGACCUCAGCGCCCUCAACCUCAGCGGCAACCACCUGCGGGCCGUGGAGCCCGGCGCCCUUGCCCUGCCCGCCCUGCGGCAGCUGGAUCUCAGCGGCAACCCCUUGCUGUCCCUCAGCCCGCACGCCUUUGGGGAGGGUGGGAGCCCGCUGGAGGAGCUGGCCCUCCGUGGGGCCCUGCGCGAUCACGGCGUCCUUCUCAGCCUGGCCACCAUGCUGCAGUCUGGGGCCCUGCGCAACCUCAGCCGCCUGGAGCUGGCGGACAACGGGUUGCUUCUGCUGCCCCCCGGCAUGUUCACAGCCCUGCCCGCCCUGCAGCAGCUGGACCUCAGCAACAACUCCCUGGUGGGCCUGGGAAACGUCUCCUUCCAGGGGCUGGGCCAGCUGCAGAGCCUCAACCUCAGCGACAACAGCCUGGGCGUGCUGAGGAACGACACCUUGGUCCAGUUCCGUGGCCUGCCCAGCCUUCAGCGCAUCAGCCUGGGCCACAAUGCCUGGGUCUGCGACUGUGCCAUUGAGGACCUGGUGGCCUGGCUCAAGGAGAGCGAUCAGGUGGAGGGCAAAGAAGCCCUGACCUGUGCCUAUCCCGACAAGAUGCUGGGCAAAGCCCUGCUGAAGAUCAACAGCUUGGACCUGAACUGCUCUGUGCCCAUAGACCUGCCUUCCCAGCUACAGACUUCGUAUGUCUUCCUAGGGAUAGUCUUGGCUCUCAUCGGGGCCAUUUUCCUCCUGGUUUUGUAUUUGAACCGAAAAGGAAUCAAAAAGUGGAUGCAUAACAUCAGGGAUGCCUGUAGGGAUCACAUGGAGGGCUACCACUACAGAUACGAGAUCAAUGCAGACCCCAGGUUAACAAACCUCAGCUCCAACUCGGAUGUCUGACAAAGCGCCGAGGACACGGGGCAGUGCACAGUAGCUAUGCAUGAAAAGUAGACUUACGCUUUAUCCUCAUGCUUGCUUCCCUCUCCACAGAGAAAUCUCAAGACGUGCUUGUAACUUGAGGGGGACAUGCCUUCCUGUGCUGUGAAGUUCAUUUUUGUUUUGCGACGCUGCGCAGCUGCGCGUGGCGUUGGGCUGUACGUAGGAAAGAAGCUGCUACUUCUUUUUCCCCCUUAGCUGUCUAUAUCUGUGGGAAAUUCUUUUCCAAGAUGUCAGAGAAAAAAAGGAUUCUCUCUGGUGCUUCAAAGCCACCAGAGUUUUAUUAAAACAUUACUGAUGCAGACACUAUUCAACGAAAGCUGUCUCAACUUUUUUGGGAAAAAAAAUAAGUUAUGUUCCUCUGUGCCAGUUUUGAUGUUGUAUAUCCAAAUUGUGAUGACAAUGAUUUCAUUUCAUAGGCUACAUUGAGAUUUAAAAAAAAACCCACAACAAAGGAACUCCUUUUAACAAGAACUCUGUUACAAAGAAGGAAAUUGAAAAGUGAGCAUGCACAAAUACUUUAUAGUUUUACAUGUUAGGAAACUUACAAUCUCAGUAAGUCUCUUACUAUUUUGUAAAGUUAUUUUUGAUUGCAGUUUACAUGAAAAGAGAGGGUUUUUUUUACACAGACUGCACCUAAACUCCAUCUGAACUAUUGAAUUUAAUAAACAGUCUUACAAGAACUGUUGUGUGGAAGUUUGCUGUUCAAUAAGAAAUGUAUAGACAUCUUAAGAAUGUCGAUAGCUUUAUAGUCUCUGAAUUAAUAGCCCUGCAGUAGUAAUCUGAAUAAAGUUUUAUAUAAAUGUGUAGCUUA